AUGUCCACCCUCAUCCUCGAGUCUCGCCCAAAAGAGCCAUAUAUCAGCAUAUCCUGCCCUUACCCAUCAUGUCGCACCACACUAGAGUACCUGCCCCCCACAGCUCAACAGGCCAACCACGAAAAGCAUCGCAGUGAUAACAGCUUUCGGGUGGCUUGCUUCAAAUGUAAGCAAAGGUUUGAGCCGCCCAAUGCUGGAAAGUACAUGAGGGACGCAAGGAGCGGCCAAGGUGCUAAUGGGGCAGGGACCUCCUCAUCGUCGUCCGGAUCGACGUCCAAGCCGGCGACGAAGAGGAGGAUUGGCACUGAUGAGCGGCCAUUGGACAUGACCUACUACGACAUCCUAUCGCUUCCUGCCACCGCGACCCAAGAAGAGAUCAAGAAAUCUUACCGCAAGCUAGCCAUCAAGCUUCACCCAGACAAGAACCCAGACGAUGCUGAAGCGGCAGAAAAGUUCAAACAGCUAGCCACGGCCUACUCCAUCCUAUCGGAUCCAGUCACACGACACAAGUACAACGAGUUUGGCGCCUCGACACCUGGCCUGGUACCAGAGGAUGGCUUCGUCGACCCAGAGGAGGUCUUCGGCAGCUUGUUCGGCGGGGCCAGGUUUGCCGAUGUCAUUGGCAAGGUCAGCAUUGGCAGGGAGAUGAAGGAGGCGUUACAGCAAGACGAGGAGGAGCUGGAGAGACAGGCAAACGGACAGAGCGACCCUUCCAAGGCCGCUGCCUCUUCGUCCUCAAGUAACAGUGCCGGACUGUCCCCCGAAGCAAAGGCGGCAAAGGAAGCGCGAGAGAAGAAGCGCAACGAAGAGCGAGCGCGACAGAGGGAGGAGCGGGUGGCCAUGCUUACUGAAAAGCUGGUGAGAAAACUGAGCGUGUACACAGAGAGUGUGCGCGGCAUUGGAACAGGGGAGGAGGAACUCAAGGCUGAGGUAAAGAGGAGCUUCAGGGAGAUUACGAGGUUGGAGGCGGAGGAAUUAAAGCAGGAGAGCUAUGGUACCGAGCUUCUACACGUCGUAGGGUACAUCUACCUAUCCAAAUCCCGCCACUACCUCGCAUCGCACCACGCCCCGCUUUCCUCCUCUUCAGGCACAUCAACCCUCUCCUACCUCAUUUCAUCCCCGCUCGGUACCCUGGGAGGAAUGUAUCACUCCCUCUCUUCCUCGGCACACAUUGUCUCCUCCACAGUCUCCACCGUACGAGCAGCCCUGGAGCUCAAGAGCGUUUUUGCCGAGCUGCAGAAGGCGGAACAGGCUCCGGGUGGAUUGAGUGAAGAGCGCAAGCGCGAGUUGGAGGAGAAGGCUGCGCAAAAGGGAAUGGAGGCUCUAUUCAAGGGAGCGAGUCUCGAGGUGGAGAGCGUUAUUCGCGAUGUCUGUGAUAGGGUCCUUUAUGGCACGGGGGCGGCCCAAGGUGAGGAGGGAGCGGGAGGUGAGGCAGCUCUGAGUAAGGAGACGCAGAGAUUGCGAGCUACGGCUCUCGGUAUUGUGGGGAGCGUCUUUGUUGAGACGAAGCCAAAGGACGGGGCUACGCCGGGUGUGACGAAUGGCAAUGCUGCCGAGGGGGAGGGGGACUACGUGAAAGUGGAUCGACAGUAG